AUGGCGCCUCGAAUCGAAGUAUCACAGCCUACACACGGCAAGGUCAUGGUUGCGCCGCCGCGCAUUAAUUUACGCCGUACCGCCUCAUAUAAUGAUCGCAGUGCUGCCACACUUUCUUCGACCUCUUCCAGGUUGAAUUUUAAUCACCUUCUUUUCUCACCGCCCCCUUCACCUAGCCUCCCUGCUCUCGUACCAAGAAGGAAGAGGUCUACAUCCGAGUUGUUAUUCAAGCAUCGACCCAGCCGAGUUAUCAGGGGAUUUUUCUACUUUGUUACGCUACUGGUAGGCUUCUACUUGUUUGCUUUUGCUUUUCGACAUCGCAAUGUAAUACAGAUUGCGUUGCCGUAUUUCACCGACCCCCAGUAUGAGAUGGUGGGACAGGAUAGUUUUCCAGACUUUCCCACCCCAAUUGUCGUUCAGGAUUCCAAAAAACGAUCGAAAUGGACCGUUUCUAUUCCACGAAACUAUGAGUUCCCGUUGUCAAUAAAGGAGUAUUCAAGCAUGAAUGGCCUUUGUCGGGAAGUAUCGGCUCGAGCAAGAGAUCUUCACCACAAGACGCCACUGUCUGACAAGAUCUCGUUAUCAUACGACCGACCAGACGACUACUUUGUCGACGUUCAUGAGGCCGAGAAAACCGGACUGCUUUCAAUCAUUCCCAAGGGCCAACCGCCCAAACAUUCUGGACAUUUUUCUGGGUUGAGCUUUGAAUCCAUGUCUGGCAAACCCUUUUGCGGGAAGUCACUGACUUAUGUGUUGGAAAGCCCAAAUGCUGGGCUUGGCGAGGCAGUCAUGACUUUGUGGACGCUGUAUGCUUUGGCUAAAGAACAAGGAAGAGCAUUUUUCAUUGAUGAUUCUCGCUGGGCAUAUGGUGCUUACACCGACCUUUUUCAGGCGCCACCAGUUCCUGAUUGCCGGCCACCGCCUCGGCAUCAGAUGUUGCCAUGUCCGGCACAAACGCGACAUUUAGUGAUUUCAAGUGUAACAACCAAGGACGUGUUUCCCGCACUCCUUGCCAAGCAUCAACGACAGCGUGGCUCUGAUCUUGGGGCGAGGGAUCUCUUCGAACUCGCGCACACCGGAUACAAAGCGCUUUUUAAACUCUCCGCGGACGACCAAGCCUAUGUUGAGAAACGGAUCCAAUAUCUCAAAGCUCAAGCUAAAUCUAAUGAGAAGGACCCCGUGGACUCCCCCGUAAUUGGGCUUCACAUCCGACACGGGGACAGGCAUCCCUAUGAAUACCAAUAUCGAGACACUUAUAUUCCUGCCGAGGUGUUUGCCAGCUAUGCACACAACCUUGUGGAGACUCAUUACAACAAAAGCAAUGUGAAGCCCGAGCAGUAUCACGCGGUUCGAAUUAUUGCCUCAGAUGACCCAAUGGUUCAUGAAGAAUCAGAAUUCGCCGAUGCCCAUCUGGCUCAAGAGCAUAUUCGACUUGCUACCAAGGAUCUUAUCCAAGGAUCCCAGAAGAAUCCACAAUACCUCCACGCUUUCGAGGAAGAGGCAUUUGGAUGGGAAGGUGGCUUCUUUGCCCCCAUGUUUUGGAACUUUGGCGGAAAGCCGAAGCACAACGCCGCUGAGGAAGCUACAGCAGAGGCACCCACCGAAGAGAUGCUGAGGCUCCGGAAUUUGGUUGGGCGGGCGUACAUGAUGGAUAUGGCGGUCCUGUCUGGAGCAAGUGACAAGGUUGUAUGUGCUGUCAGUGCCAUGGGCUGUCGGUUGCUGGCAGUCAUGAUGGGCUGGGAGCGAGCCAUGGACCGCGAAGACUGGCUGAAUGUGGAUGGAGGGUACGGAUGGGGUGGACUCACAUGGGACUGA